CUUGGCACGUACCAGGGAAGGAAGUCGAUUAUGUGAGUGUUUUUGUACACAACAGUGCUGACGGUGAUUUAAACAAAUCGCGGUCUUGUAGGUAAAUUAGUCCGUGUUUACGUGGAUUAACCCAGAGACACGUAACCGGAACACGGAGCUAGCAGGCUAACGUUAGCUAACGCACGAGCUGUGACCGUUGGGAGACUUAUUGACAUUUCCCGGUGUUUUUAUCGUCUCCCGGCUGUUAUGUUGGCCGUGUUUUCCCUCCUUUAGCUCCUCUUCGGUCCACCUAACAACAGGGGUGUAUGGGGGGUCGUGUCACCAUAGGAUGGAGGAUCUAACCUGGGAUCAUCAUGGCUGCUGUGACGGUGCUGCGCUUCAUCAGCGGCCGGCUCCUCCUCGGAGGAUGGGGCCCGCUGCUGUGUCUCCUCCUCGGUUCUCUGGUGGCCAUCCUGCUGCCUCUGGUCGGGGUGGAGGAUGAGUGCUGCGCGGCCCUCAGGGGCCUCUCCCUGCUCCGGUGCCAGCUGUGGGGCUCCCAGCAGACCCCCGCUGUGCAGUCCACCAGCCUCACAGUCCCCUUUACGGCGCUGGACCUGCUGCCUCAGAGGGCCAAACCCAGCAAAGAGAUGGAGCUGGAGGCCAAAGCGGCGCUGCAGCAGGCUCAGGAGAUGAAGAAACUGGGAAAGAGGGAGAAGGCUCACAAGCUGCUGGUCCACGCCCUUAGCAUGAACCCAGACUACGUAGACGCCCUUACUGAGCUGGGGACCAUUCUGGAAGAGGAGAAGGACAUCGUCCAGGCUGACCACCUCUACACCAAAGCUUUGACCAUCUCGCCGUGUAACGAGAGAGCUUUGGUGAGCAGAGACCGCACGCUGCCCCUGGUGGAGGAGAUAGACCAGCGUUAUUUUGGGAUCAUUGACAGUAAGGUGCGUAGGCUGAUGUCCAUACCUAAAGGUAACUCCGCUCUGCGCCGAGUGAUGGAAGAAACCUACUAUCACCACAUUUAUCACACGGUGGCUAUUGAAGGCAGCACGCUCACUCUGUCAGAGAUUCGCCACAUCAUAGAGACGCGGUACGCUGUUCCUGGGAAGAGCCUGCAGGAGCAGAACGAGGCCAUCGGCGUGGAUGCAGCCAUGAAGUACAUCAACACCACGCUGCUGUCCCGAACAGGCACCAUCACCGUCAACGACAUCCUGGAGAUCCACAGGCGGGUGCUGGGCUACGUUGAUCCUGUGGAGGGAGGGAGGCUGCGCACCAAUCAGGUGUUUGUGGGCCAUCACAUCCCGCCUCACCCUCAGGACCUGCAGAGACACAUGCAGGAGCUCGUCCAGUGGCUCAACUCGGACGAAGCGCUGCAGCUGCACCCUGUGGAGUACGCAGCUCUCGCCCACUACAAACUAGUGUAUGUGCACCCAUUCGUAGACGGAAACGGACGCACGUCACGGCUGCUCAUGAAUCUUGUUCUCAUGCAAGCGCGAUAUCCCCCAAUCACUAUCAGGAAGGAACAAAGGGCUGAAUAUUACGCAGCUUUGGACACAGCUAACGAGGGUGACGUACGGCCGUUUAUUCGCUUUAUAGCCAAAUGUACAGAGAUCACGCUGGACACGUUGUUAAUCUCUACAACGGAGCAUGCCGUGGGGCUGCCAGGGGCCAGGCAGGAUCAGGCGUGUCCUGACUGUAAACAGACCAUCCCCAUCCACAACUGAGACUGAAAACUGAAGGAGAAAGGGAACAGGUGGCUGUAGAAUGCUAAAAUAUUUAUUUAUAAGGUCUCUGAUAACAAUCCUGACACAAAGUUUGUUCAGUUACCUCGUUCAGCGGUCAAAUUCUACUUUAUAAAACCCCGGGCCCGGUUGUUCAAAAGUAGUGGGUAAAAACUAUUAGAAAGGGUUAAAUGUUGAGAUUAGUCCUUCAGAUUCAAAACAAUGAUACUGGACAACAAUAUUUAAGUUUUCUUAGCAGUUUACUGUGUUAUUACUCAUGCUUAAGCAGGUCAGCAGAAGAGCAAAACAUCUUUUCUGUCAUACAAAGCUUUCAGUUCUGUUCUUUGCUCUUCUUUUAAUACAAAUUGCUCCACCAGCAGCUGUCAUUCCUACUAGCUUGCUGUACAAGAAAACCCUGCUGACUACUGCCUUGUUCUCUUUAAAUGACUGAGUGGUCGGGUUUGUUCUCAGACAUGGCAUUUCAGGCUGGAACUUUGCACGAUGGAUCUGCCUGAUGACAGACAUGGGAUCUGGCCCGUCCAUGUGCUCUGUAAGGCCUUGUCCACAUGGAGACGAAACGAUAUAUUUCCAUUUCGAUUUGAAAAAGUUUUCCGUAAAUAUGGGAUCGUUUUAAGAAAUGUCUGCAUAAGAACGGAACCACUGAAAACAACUGAAGACGCUGUAGUAUAAAUGCCAAGCCUGUAAGUGCGGUUGGCUGUCCACACGGAGGCCAAACGGGAAGCGUUUACAGAUGUGUUCACUCUGGGACCCGGUUUCAAAAGGUAGCUUUUAAAGCCUCCCAAAACGCCGAGUCUGUGUGGAUGAAAUGCUGAUACGACAAAAAACUUUUGCGUAUAAUCCUGAAUUCGUCUCCGUGUGGACGGGGCCUAAGUUAAGGUUGAUCCUGUUUCUUUUUCUUGAAAACCCAGGAUAGAGGUGAGCUAGAUUGUCUGAUUCUUUAUAGGAAAAAGUGGAUCAUCCAGCAGAAAAAAACCCUUUUGAACAACCGAGCCCUGGUACCUGCUAGAUUCUUUCAAACUGCCGCAGGAUGUUGAGUUAAAAUCUGUCUUUGGGUUUGCUUUAACAUCAAACUUUUCCCUUCUUAACGAGGGGCAACAUUUCUCUAACUUUAAGCUCUCACCACAUUCCCUUUCAGGGUUUCUGCUUCAAAAAACAAUCUGCAGUUUGACUACUGAUGAUGUGACGACAGAAGGCUUUUAACGAUAUUUGACUUGAGUGUGUGAACAUUAACUUAUCUUCCUUUAGGAACCAGAUGAUGUUACACCACAUAAUG